AUGGCUCACUGCGGCCGAGUCCAACGACCGGUCACUGCACAGUGGCCGCAUCGGUUCACAAUUUCCAUGCAAAUAGCGGCUUUGUCCUUCAUCAUGGAAUAUGCACGAUACUACAUUGGUAAUCACUUCCGUGCUUCACCCCUCUUGCUUGCACUCAGCAUUAUCAUGGCCAUUGUGGCCGUGACUGCGCUUGGUUACACGAUUCACGUUGAAGCUGCAAGGGCGCUCGUUCGAUGUAGACCCAAUGCCUCCUUAACGGCUUCCUGCGGCAUGGUAUUCGCCCUCGCGGCCACCCUCUCAAAUCAUGUUUGGGAGGCACCACGUGACGCUGCUUCUUUCAAUCAAACUGGUGUAUGCCUGCUCGUCGCCACUAUCCUUGGAGGCCGUCUGAUGAGAUGUCUAGUAACAACUCGGAAUACCCAACUACCCGCCUUAUUGGCAAACGCGAUACCUUCGACAGCCGCUGUCAUCGCACCUGAAGAUACCAAUGGCUCCAAUUCUGCCCAGGUCCCUGCAGACCUGCUUUAG